UGCCUAUAGAAAUGGCUCUUCGUUCCAUCUUAAUCCUGAUUCUCGGUAUCAUUUGCACCAACGACGGUGUUAGUGCAUCUCAAAAGCAGAAGUUCUGCGGCCCAAAAUUGGCACGUGCUCUGGCAGAGCUUUGCGAUACGUAUCCCACGCUCUCGCCACCCCCGAGUAAACGACCCAGCAGCAACGUCAAAGAAAUGGUAUUGAGUGGUGACUCAGACCCCCCGGAUUGGCCCAACGUACAGGACCAAUCGAUCGACAGCCGGAUCUACACUGUGAUAACGCUGAAGGACAAGCCAAACUGGAUGAAGCAGUUCUACCCGAAGCACGAUACCCAGAAUACCGUGUUCGAUGGUGAUAAUGACUACGGUUUCAGCGACGAAAUCAUAUCGGACCGUUUCAUGCUGGGAAAACGUGGAAUGAGAAGGGGUAUCGUGGAGGAAUGUUGCCGUGCAGGUUGCACCUACGAGUAUUUGUACCGAAAUUACUGCGCCUAAUGCGAAAAAAAAAACGAUGGCUCAAACUCAUACGCAAAUUUAAAUAUGUAUUGCACUAUACUCAAAAAAACAUUGGUUGAAAUAAGGCAUCCAGCUAUGUAUACAAUGACUUCAAUUUAUGUUUUGAUUGGACAGAAAAUCUUUAAGAUAUAUUUUUUUCUAGAAUUUUUAAUGAGUAUAAUUAGUAAAGCAGUAAUCAUCUGGAACAGUUUCAGAUGAAACUCAGACAACAGAGAAUUGCAGAUAUUUUUAGUGGAUUUCAUUUAGAAAUACAUGGCGGAAUUUCUUGAAUACUUGAUAAAGGAAUUUCCGGAUUAAUCCCAGUAUGAUUGUCCCAGGUAAAUAAAUGUGCAGAUAGAGUUCGUUGGGAAUUUUUGAAGAUAUUCUAAUUCUUCUAGGCGUAACGUCCCAACUGAGACAAAGCCUACUUCUCAGUACCUCCACAGUUAUUAACUGAGAGCUUCCUUUGUCAGUGACCAUUUUGCAUCGUGAGGCAGGCACGAAGAUACUUUAUUCCCAAGGAAGUCAAGGAAAUUUCCUUUCCUGAACCGAUCGGGAAUCGAACCCGUCACCCUCAACAUGGUAAUGCUGAAUACCCACGCUUUUACAGUUGUACUAUUUUUAAGGCGUGUCAGCUGGAAUUUCUCCAACCAAUCGUCAGAACUUCUAAAAAAAUAUCUGAGGGAAUCAGGAGAUUUUUUAAGUGAAACUGAGUGUAGGUGAGUGUCCUUAGAGAAAUUAUAAUUUUCAAUUUCAUACGGUAUGUCUGACCGCGAACAGCAGAAUUUCUAGGUUUCGCUAAACUAAAUUUGAAAACAAUUUAUAAGAAUAAAAGAUUUUUGAAAAAAAAAAA